GAUUCACAUUGACAUUCGAUUAAUACAAUUGAAUUAAGUGGGUGAAGAAAAAAAAAGUCAAAUUAACUCUCGAAAAUAUAACAAAGUUAAUUAUCGAAAGAAAAAAAUAAAGAUGAACAAUUUAGUUAUUACAAUCGUUUUACUCGCCUCGGUGGGUUCCCUUCAUGGUUACAUCGUUCCUGGACAAACCUCAUCUUCCUCAUCUUCACACAAAUUUGAAUCAAGUUCAUCAAACCUCGGACCCAAUGGUGAAAAGGUUGUCACCUCUGAAUACCGAUCAUCAGUUAAUGGCUCACCUGUUGUCUCAUACAGUCAAUCAUCUUCAUCUGGUUCUGGUUCUGGUUCCUCACUUUUGAGUGUCGGUGGUUCAUCUGGACAACAAAAAGGGUCAUCAUCCCUCUUGUCAGUCUCUUCAGUCGCUCCCGUCAUCUCUGGUUCCUCUGGUUCCUCUGGUUCAUCUUCAAGCCAAUCUUCAUCUUCCUCUUCCUCAUCAGGCUCAUCAGGAUCUCCAAGACCCUUUAUCUCCCUUCCCUUGAUCCCCGUUGGAGGAAUUACUAACUCUGGCUCAGAUUCUUCAUCAUCUUCUUCAACCGUUUCAUCAUCAAACUCUGGAUCUUCAUCAGCAGUCAAAGAUUCAUCUUCAGCUUCAUCAACCGCUGUUGCCGUUUCAGAAGAAGAAGAAGAAGACGAUUUAUCACUUGCCCCACCCCGAGGACCUCAUGGACACCCUGGACCCUGUGGACCAGCCAUUGGUUGUGAUGAUAAAGUUGUUGUUAUUGUUGUUGGAGGAGGUAAUGGACCACACAACCGAUGGGGUCGAUUUGCUCGAAAUUCAUUAGGCCGAGUUGGUGCUCGAUUAUCUGCCGCUUCUGAUGAUGAAGAUGAAGAAGAAGAAUACCGACGACGAUUCCGAGGUUCACGACGAUCAAACUUCAACUCCCGACGAUCAGACUCAUCUCGAUCUGCUUCAAGUUCAGACUCAUCAAACACCCGAUCAUCAUCUGUCUCAAAUAACUCAGACUCACGACGAUCAAGUUUCGACCGAAAUGAUAACCGACGAUCAUCUUCAUACGAAAACAACAACCGAUCAGAAAACAACCGACGAUUUGCCCGAUCACACAGCUCAAACGAAGAAAAUGUUUCAUCAAAUGAUUCACGAAACUACAACCGACGAUCAUACAACUUGGACAACCAAUACGAUUCAGUCAACAAUGUCAACAAUGUAGUUAACAGAAUCAACCGAAUUAACCGAAUCAACCACGUUAACAAUGUAAACAAUGUCGAAAACCAAGUUGAUAUCAACAAAUCAUCAUCAUCAGUCUCAAAAAAUAGCUCAGUUAACAAUAUUAACAACGUUUCAAAGGUCUCAGAUGUCCGAUCAUCAGUUAACAACCAAGCCUCAUCUUCAAAUGUCGCUAACACCAACAACGUUCACCGAUCAAACAAUGUCCACAAUUCCGUAAACAACCAAUCAUCAAACAAUCACGUUUCACGAUCAUCUGAUGUUCGAUCUUCAGUUAACAACAGUAACAAUGUCCAACGAUCAAACAGCAACAAUGUUUCAUCAAACAAUGUCCACAAAUCCUCAGAUGUCCGAUCAUCAGUCAACAACCAAGCUUCAUCAUCAAAUGUCGCUAACACCAACAACGUUUCACGAUCAAACAAUGUCCAAAACUCAGUAAACAACGUUCACAAAUCAUCUGAUGUCCGAUCUUCAAUCAAUAACUCAGCUUCAUCAUCAAACGUAGCCAACAGCAACAACGUCCAACGAUCAAGCAAUGUCCAAAAAUCUGUAAACAACCAAGUUUACAACAACAAUGUCCAAAAAUCAUCAGACGUCCGAUCAUCAGUAAACAACCAAGCUUCAUCAUCCAACAUCGCUAACAGCAACAAUGUCCAAAACUCAGUCAACAACCAAGAUUACAGCAACAACGUUUCAAAGGUCUCAGAUGUCCGAUCAUCAGUUAAACAAGCCUCAUCUUCAAAUGUCGCUAACACCAACAACGUUCACCGAUCAAACAAUGUCCACAAUUCCGUAAACAACCAAUCAUCAAACAAUCACGUUUCACGAUCAUCUGAUGUUCGAUCUUCAGUUAACAACAGUAACAAUGUCCAACGAUCAAACAGCAACAAUGUUUCAUCAAACAAUGUCCACAAAUCCUCAGAUGUCCGAUCAUCAGUCAACAACCAAGCUUCAUCAUCAAAUGUCGCUAACACCAACAACGUUUCACGAUCAAACAAUGUCCAAAACUCAGUAAACAACGUUCACAAAUCAUCUGAUGUCCGAUCUUCAAUCAAUAACUCAGCUUCAUCAUCAAACGUAGCCAACAGCAACAACGUCCAACGAUCAAGCAAUGUCCAAAAAUCUGUAAACAACCAAGUUUACAACAACAAUGUCCAAAAAUCAUCAGACGUCCGAUCAUCAGUAAACAACCAAGCUUCAUUCAACAUCGCUAACAGCAACAAUGUCCAAAACUCAGUCAACAACCAAGAUUACAGCAACAACGUUUCAAAGGUCUCAGAUGUCCGAUCAUCAGUUAACAACCAAGCCUCAUCUUCAAAUGUCGCUAACACCAACAACGUUCACCGAUCAAACAACGUCCACAAUUCCGUAAACAAUCAAUCAUCAAACAAUCACGUUUCACGAUCAUCUGAUGUUCGAUCUUCAGUCAACAACCAAGCCUCAUCAUCAAAUGUCGCUAACACCAACAACGUCUCCCGAUCAAGCAAUGUCCAAAAAUCAGUCAACAACCAAGCCUACAACAAUAACGUUCAAAAAUCCUCAGAUGUCCGAUCAUCAGUUAACAAUCAAGCUUCAUCAUCAAACGUCGCCAACUCAAGCAACGUCCAACGAUCAAGCAAUGUCAACAACUCCGUCAACAACCAAGCUUACAGUAACAAUGUCUCAAAGGUCUCCGAUGUCCGAUCAUCAGUCAACAAUCAAGCUUCAUCAUCCAACAUCGCUAACACCAGCAAUGUCGCCCGAUCAAGCAAUGUCCAAAACUCAGUCAACAACCAAUCUUACAGCAACAAAGUUGCCAAGGUAAAUGAUUUCCGAUCAUCAGUCAACAACCAAGCCUCAUCAUCAAAUGUCGCUAGCACCAACAAUGUCCAACGAUCAAGCAACGUCAACAACUCAGUUAACAACCAAGCUUCAUCCGUAAACAUCAACAAAUCAUCUGAUGUCCGAUCUGCUAUCAACAACUCAGCUUUCUCAAACAAUGUCGCCAAGAGCAACGUUCAAUCCUCAGUCAACAAUGUCCAAAAAUCAUCUGAUGUCCGAUCUUCAAUCAAUAACCAAGCUUCAUCAUUGAACGUUGCCAACAGUAACAACGUCCAACGAUCAAGCAACAACCAAGUUUACAACAACAACGUUUCCAAGGUCUCCGAUGUCCGAUCAUCAGUCAACAACCAAGCUUCAUCAUCAAAUGUCGCUAACACCAACAACGUCUCCCGAUCAAGCAAUGUCCAAAACUCAGUUUCAAACUCAGCUGUUAACAACAAUGUCCAAAAAUCAUCUGACGUACGAUCAUCAGUCAACAACCAAUCAUCAAAUGUUAACGUCAACAAAUCAGUCAACAACCAAGCUUACAGCAACAAUGUCUCAAAGGUAUCCGAUGUCCGAUCAUCAGUUAACAACCAAGCUUCAUCAUCAAACGUAGCCAACAGCAACAACGUCCAACGAUCAAGCAAUGUCCAAAACUCAGUCAACAACCAAGCCUACAACAGUAACGUCCAAAAAUCGUCAGAUAUCCGAUCAGUCAACAAUCAAGCUUACAACAGUAACAUUGCCAAAUCAUCUGAUGUCCGAAGCUCGAUCAACAACCAAGCCUCAUCAAGCAAUUUCGCUAACUCAGUCAACAAUGCUUAUUCAUCAAACAAUGUUGCCCGAUCAAGUGACAUCCGAAAUGCCGCUUCAUAUGUUAACAAUCAAGCCUCAAGUAACAUCGCCAACUCAAACUCUGUUAGUCGAUCAAGCAAUGUCGCCAAUUCAGUAAACAAUGCUUUCUCAUCAUCUGAUGUCCGAGACUCACGAUCAUCAAUCAACAAUGCUUUCAAUUCAAACUCAGUCAGCAAAUCAGUCUCUGAUAUCCGAAACAGUCAAUCAUCAAGCGAUUACCAAAAUUCAGUAAACAAAUCAUUCAACUCACGAAACUCAUUAUCUGAUGUCCGAAACUCAGCCUUCUCUUCAGACUCUCGAUCUUCCUAUGAUGCUUCCCACUCUGCUAAAUCACACUCAUCUUCCUCAUCAAGCUUUGACGCUUCAAGCAAAUAUGCCGCAAGCCAUUCAGCUCUUAACCAAGUCAAUGGAUUAGCAACUUCACUUACCUCAAGCACUGGCGAUCUCGCUUCAUCCGUAACUAACACCGCUUCCAACCUUGUCACUGGUAUCACUGGAUCAUCAAACAGCAACGGUUUACUCGGUGGUAUCCUCGGUGGAGUCUCAAAAGACGGACUUGUCGGUGGUGUCUUAGGAACCGCUUCAAACCUUCUCGGUGGUAAUUCAGGAUCAUCUUCAUACAGCUCAUCCCGAAGCUCAUCAUCAGCCUCAGGAAAUGGACUUGUUGGUGGAGUCUUAGGAACCGCUUCAAACCUUCUCGGUGGUAAUUCAGGAUCAUCAUACAGCUCAUCCCGAAGCUCAUCAUCAGCCUCAGGAAAUGGACUUGUUGGUGGAGUCUUAGGAACCGCUUCAAACCUUCUCGGUGGUAAUUCAGGAUCAUCAUCAUACAGCUCAUCCCGAAGCUCAUCAUCAGGUAACGGACUUCUCGGUGCUAAUUCAGGAUCAUCAUCAUCUUCUUACAGCUCAGGAAAUGGAGGAUCCCUUAAUGGCGUUGUCGGAGCCGCUUCUAACAUCGUUGGAGGUGGAUCACGAUCUUCAUUCAGCUCAAGCUCAAGCUCAGGAUCAGGAUCAGGAUCAAGUUCAGGACUUGUUGGAAAUAUUUUAGGAUCUAACUCAGGCACAGGUAUUCUUGGAAAUAUCCUCGGUUAAUUAAAUAGUAGUAGAAACCAAUCAAUUCAAUUGUAAUGAAAAACCAAUGUGAUAAAUUAAGUGAAAAAUGUAAUCCGUUAAUCUUAAGCCUUUCAUUUUUAUCCUAAAAAUGAUUACCAAUAAACAGACAGGACUGUAAACUCCUUUACAACAAAA